AUGGCUGCGGCUAUACAUGUCCUGCCUUUGGGCCUUCUGAGAAUGAGGGCGUUCAUGAAGUGGGUUUUAACUCUUCAUCUCAGCCCUUUAAGCAAUCUCCGCCGCUCUGUCACAGUGACGCGCUCGUGCACAGCAGCGCUGCGCCACUGGAGGAACGCAGAGUUCUACGCGCAUGGGACCCCUCUCGGGGCGAUUAUGCUGCGGAAAGUAGUGACGACAGAUGCGUCCUUAACAGGAUGGGGAGCCACGCAAGAGGGCAGAACAGUGAAUGGUGUGUGGCCAAGCACACUUCACUCAGCCCAUAUAAAUUAUUUAGAGCUCCUCACUGUGUGGAAGGCUCUGAAUCACUUUCUGCCCCGCGUGCAGGGGCAUCAUGUGCUGGUGCGCUGCGACAACAUGACAGCUGUAGCAUAUAUCAACCGCCAGGGGGGGAUGCGCUCCUCCAAGCUGCAUGCUCUCGCUCACAGGCUGUUAGUAUGGAGCAGGCGGCACUUCCUGUCGUUACGGGCGACCCAUGUCCCGGGCAUACUGAACAGGGGCGCAGACCUCUUGUCAAGGGGAAACCCGCUCUACGGAGACUGGCGCCUCCAUCCUCAGAUAGUGUGUCUACUGUGGAGGAGGUUCGGCCAGCCAACCGUAGAUCUCUUCGCCUCGCCCUAUGUUCUUCUCGCUACGGGACGAGGACGCCCCCCUCGGCGUGGACGCACUGGCCCACCCGUGGCCCAACGUGCUGCUUUAUGCAUUUCCUCCCCUUUGCCUCAUAACGCCGUCUCUGGCCAGGGUGAGGGAACAGAGCUUGACCAUGAUUUUGAUAGCUCCCAGGUGGCCCAAGGCGCCGUGGCUCUCAGAGGUUAUCCCUCUGCUGUAUGCCCAGCCAUGGCCCCUCCCACUUCGCACAGACCUUUUGUCUCAAGCGAACGGGGAAAUUUAUCACCCACACCCGGACAGGGUGGCCCUCUGGGCCUGGCCCGUGAGAGGGCCAACUUAAACACAUUGGGGCUCCCCCCACGUGUUGUGGCCACCAUUCAGUGUGCCAGAGCCUCUUCGACACGGUCUCUUUACGACUGUAAGUGGCGUGUGUUCGAAGAGUGGUGUGAAGGGCGACGGGUAACGUCAUAUCAGUGCUCAAUCACCGACAUCUUAUGCUUUUUGCAGGACCUUAUGGAAAAGGGAAGAUCCUUUUCCACUAUUAAGGUCUAUUUAGCGGCUAUCGCUGCAUGUCAUGUGGGGUUCGACAGCGCUACGGUGGGGCAACACCCCCUUAUUCGUAGGUUUAUGAAGGGCGCACGCCGCUCUCUUCCAGUCCCCAGGAGAGUCGUUCCUGAAUGGGACCUCUCCAUGGUGCUGGACGCAAUGUCUCAACAGCCAUUUGAGCCCCUGGGGAGUAUUUCCCGUAAGAAUUUGUCUUUCAAGACAGCUUUGCUCCUGGCCUUGGCAUCUGCCAAGUGGAUCAGUGAUAUGCAUGCACUCUCUGUUCAUCCCUCAUGCACUAAAUUCUCUCUCAGUGGAGAUAAGGUUUUUCUCAGGCCCAACCCGGCCUUUAUGCCAAAAUGCUUCCCGGCAUUCACGUGUGAGGUGAUUGAGCUCUCCGCGUUCCACCCAGCUCCUUUCUCCUCCACAGAGGAUCAGAGGUUGAACGCUUUGUGUCCUGUACGUGCCCUGCGGGCAUACUUAGACAGGACCAGCUCGUUUAGAAAAAGCGACCAGCUUUUCAUCUCUUGGGACCCCCCGCACUCAGGGAACCCCAUUUCCAAGCAACGCCUUUCUCAUUGGCUUGUGGAAGCUAUAUCUUUGGCAUAUGAAUCAAAGGGAGUGCAGCCCCCAGAGGGCAUCAGAGCUCACUCCACUAGAGGUAUGGCUGCCUCUUGGGCUCUAUUUAAGGGAGUCUCUUUGCAGGACAUAUGUGCCGCUGCAAGCUGGGCCUCUCCCCAUACGUUUGCCAGAUUCUACCGGCUAGAUGUCACCAGAACCCCGGUAGCUCAUUCUGUCGUGGGUGUCGGAUCUUUGUAG